UUUUUUGACCAUACUACUGAAAAAUUCAAAAUAUUAUUCAUUUAAAUGGUAAUCUAAAUGAACGUUCGAAGUUCUUGAAAGGUAUUUUUCGAGUAAUAAGAGUCCUAACAGAGUAAAAACUUUAAUUUACUCCACUUCACACGAUUUGUGCGUUUGUUUACGUUUUCGCUAGUGAAAUGUAAUGUAAUGGCCGAAGCCGAACUCUCCAUGAUGUAAUUUCAUCGAAUAUUUAUAUUUUUUUUUUCUGAAACAAACUAUUCUCACUUUAUCUUUUCAUAUGGCUCAGAUUAGCAGUUUGACAAGCGCUUUGUUGAAAAGUUCUUUCUUUACACCGACGAACUUUUGGACAAACCGAUCUAUAUCUAUUUCAGCGAUCCAUUGUAAAACACAGGCUGGGAGAUAUCGACGCACCAGAAAGCAUGAUAAACCGCUAACUUACGAACAAUUUAAUGGACCCCAUCAAAUUCAUCACAGGAAAUCUUGGAAUACGUGGAACACAAGUAACCUUUUAGAUGGCUUGCGUUCGUAUGAAACUCUUGUAGAAGAUAACUUUAUUCGAAAGUUCAUGUUUGGAACAUGGCAUAGGUUAUUUGUAUCAGAUGUAAUGAUCAAAAGAAGACAUAAUCUAAUUAUUAUCACCGGCAUUAUUGUGCGAAAUAUUCAAGUUAGAAAGCUGUACUUUCUUAUUGGCUACACAGAAGAAAUGCUUAGCUACAUUUUUAAAUGUCCUGUAAAAAUGGAACUUCAGAGUACUCCUGAUAAAAAAGAUGUUGUGUUUAAAUAUGUUUAAUUGAAUUUUUUUUUUCAAUACUGACAUUGUAGUUAAACAAUAAAACUCAUCU